CUGAUUGACUGUUUUGACGUGUGAGUUUUUGAAUGGGCAUUCUCAUCUCAUCCCAUAAGUCAUAAACGUUGCCGUUAAAAUACAUAAUAAUAUUAUAUAAUUUGCGUAAACGUGUUACAAAAAUACAAAAUAUUAUUUCGUUAAGACUUAGGUGUUGUUUGUGCUCCUCUUUAGAUAAAUAAGUCUUCUGUGUUGUGCUCACCAAGUGUUCACUGAUUGUUAGUCGUUACUAAUAAGAGUAAAUUCAAUUCAUAAAUAAUGUUUUCUUUUGUAACAGAAAAAUAUCAAGGAAGGUUGGACGACGCGUUUAUGAGCCGUAGGAGAUAAUAGUGAAAGUGAGCAGUGAGCACGACAGUGUUGAGUGUCCAGCUCAGCACAAUGAGAGUGAAGCGGGAGACGUUGAUAGUGGGCGCGCUGUGCGGUGCGUGGUACGCGCUUAGUUCGGCUAGCAACGUAGUAGGCAAGUUAGUGCUCCUGGAAUUCCCGUUCCCGCUCACACUGACGCUGGUGCAGCUGGCGUCCACGGCGGCGUACAGCGCGCCCGCACUGCGUGCAUUUCGCGUGCGGCCGGCGCCCGCCUUCCCUGCGCGCUUCUACCUGCGUGCGCUUCUACCACUUGCCUUCGCCAAGUUCCUGACCACGAUGUUCUCUCAAGUCUCUAUUUGGAAGGUUCCGGUCUCUUAUGCUCACACAGUGAAGGCCACGACGCCGCUGUGGACGGCGGGCCUGUCGUGGCUGCUGUUCGGAGAGCGGGUGGCGCGAGGCGUGCAGGUGUCGCUGUUGCUCAUAGCGGCGGGAGUAGCGCUGGCCUCGGCCACCGAGCUGAGCUUCCACCCGGUGGGAAUGUCCGCCGCGCUCGCCGCCGCCGCGUUGCUCUCACUGCAGCACCUCUUCUCCAAGAGACUCAUGAAGGACACGUCUCUGCAUCAUCUGAGGCUCUUGCAGGUGCUGAGCGCGCUGGCGCUGCUGCCGGUGGUGCCGGCGUGGGCGCUGCUGGAGGGCGGCGCCGCACUAGCGGCAGCCCGCGCGCUGUCGCCGGGCUCGGCGCUGCGCCUGGCGGCCGACGGCGCGCUGGCGUGGCUGCAGGCCGUGGCCGCCUUCUCCGUGCUGUCGCGCGUGUCGCCGCUCGGGUACGCCGUGGCGUCGGCCGCCAAGCGCGCCGCCGUGGUGCUGGCGUCGCUGCUGCUGCUGCGCAACCCCGCGCCGCCGCUCAACCUGGCGGCCAUGGCGCUCACCGUGCUGGCCGUGUUGGCCUACAACCGCGCCCGCCUGCUGGAGCGAGCGCCGCCGCCCGCGCCGCCGCUGCCCAUAUGACACGCGCACGUAGCUAGCUAAUUUAUUGUUUAAAUAGUGAAUUUUAUACGAUUUAAGUAAAUUAAACUUUUUUCUAUUUUGUUACAACGAA